UUGGAAAAAUGACAGGUCAUCAGGAUCACCACUUCUUCUCAGCUCUGAUUUGGAGGGAGAAACCAGACUGUGGGUGGAGUUAUCGUGCUACUUUAAAUAAAGCUCUCUGUGGCUUCUGAGGAGCAGAAGGCGCUUCGUUCCUCACCGGUUGUCCCUCCUCUCUUCCUGCGCCGGCCACCAUGGCUCCCUGCGUCCACAGGUUGGUCAAAUCAGCCUGGCUGCCGCUGCUGUCCGUCUUGUUGCUGUCUGAAGCUCUGUCCGUCCGCUGGACGCCAGGGGACUAUGCGGACACAGCCUCGGACGCCUUGAGGUUCCUCAGUGACUACAACAGCACAGCAGAGGAGGUCUACUUUAACUUGGUGUCCGCCAGCUGGAGCUACAACAGCAACCUGACGGAAUUCAACUCCAGGCUGCAGGUAGCUGCAAGCCUUGUGUAUCAAAAUUUCUCAGAAGCCUGGGGAAUGAAGGCCAAGCAGAUCUUCUCUAAGGAAGUACUUAAAUCUCUUUCUGAGAAGGAUAGAAGGCUGAUUGCUGGUGUCAAGUUUCUGGGUAGUGCCAACCUUCCACAGGCCGAGCGAGUGGAGUAUAACACCAUCCUGAACACCAUGGAGAAUAUUUAUUCAACAAGUAAAGUGUACCCACUGCCAAAUGUUACCUGGAACCUGGAGCCUGAGCUCUCGGAAAUUCUGGCCAAGUCCAGAAGCUAUAAGAAACUACUCUUUGCUUGGGAGAGCUGGCACAAUGUUUCAGGUGUGCCUGUUAAGGGUUACUACUCCAGGCUUGUGGAGCUCAGCAACCAAGCCUCUCAAGGGGAUGGCUUCAAUGACACUGGAGCUUCUUGGCGCUCUUUGUAUGAGACGGAAACCUUUCAGGAGGAUUUAGAAAGGCUCUACAAGACGAUUGAACCGCUCUACCUGAACCUGCAUGCCUUUGUAAGACGCAAACUCUACAACAUCUAUGGUCCCAAAUACAUCAACCUAAAGGGACCCAUCCCUGCACACCUGUUGGGAAAUAUGUGGGCCCAGUUAUGGAACAACCUCUAUGAGAUGAUGGUCCCAUUUCCUGCCAAACCUUUCCUAGACGUGACUGAUGAGAUGGUCAGACAGGGCUACAAUGCCACACACAUGUUCCGUGUGGCCGAGGAGUUCUUCACCUCUCUGGGUCUGAAGGAGAUGCCUCCAGAGUUCUGGGACGGGUCGAUGCUUGUUAAGCCUGAAGAUCGGGAGGUUGUGUGCCAUGCGUCUGCCUGGGACUUUCAUAACCGCAGAGACUUCAGGAUUAAGCAGUGCACCACAGUGAGCAUGGAAGACCUCUCCACUGUACACCAUGAGAUGGGCCACAUCCAGUAUUACCUGCAGUACAAGGAUCAGCCUGUGGGCUUCCGUGACGGAGCCAACCCUGGUUUCCAUGAAGCUAUCGGUGAUGUUAUGUCACUUUCAGUUUCAACGCCCAAGCACCUACAUGAGAUUAAUCUGCUGGAGUCUGUGACCUCUGACAGUGAAAGUGACCUGAACUUCCUGUUGAAGACUGCUUUGGAGACUAUAGCUUUCCUUCCUUUUGGCUAUCUUGUUGACCUCUGGAGAUGGGAUGUGUUCAAUGGAAACACUCCUCCAGAGAAGUACAACUCUGCUUGGUGGAACCUCAGAACAAAAUACCAAGGAAUUUGCCCUCCUACCAGGCGCACAGAGGAGCACUUUGAUGCUGGGGCAAAGUACCACAUCCCUGGAAACACACCAUACAUAAGGUACUUUGUUAGCUUCAUCCUCCGAUUUCAGUUUCAUGAGAAACUAUGUGAGGUGGCCAAUCAGACCGGCCCUCUGCACACAUGUGACAUCUACCGUUCCAGAGAAGCUGGAGCCAUCCUGAAGAAAGUUCUCGAGGCGGGCUCUUCAAGGCCUUGGCCCGACGUGCUCCAGGAGGCCAUAGGCACACGUGAAAUAAAUGCCACCUCAUUACUCAAAUACUUUGACCCCCUAACAAAAUGGUUGGAAGAGCAAACUGCCAAUGAGACCCUUGGAUGGCCUGAUCUCGACUGGGUCCCACCGGUCCCUGAGGGCUACCCUGACGAUAUUGAUGCAGAAUUACAAACCUCAACUCUGUAGAAAGAAUUUGAAUGAGGUUUUAUGUUUCAGACGGGAUGGUUUCUCAUCUCAACGGACUCAUUUACCUGGUCAUUAAUGAAGCAGGGAGCGUUGGUGGGUCGGUCAAUUUAGAAGGUGUCUCUGAAAACCAGACUGAUACUUUUUACUGAUAGAGAGGAGUGUUAUGAUGACAGGAGAGACCUUAACUUUAGAACCAGGAUGGUCAGAACAGCCAUGAAGAGAAUGUGCAUUUCAGUCAGAGGUGUAAGGAUCUGGAAUAGACAGGCUAGAAUUGAAGCAAUGUCUCAAUAUAAGUUUAUUUAAGAAAAGGUUCAGACUGAUGUUUUUCAAUAGGAAUGAAGAUCUGAGGUUAAAAUUGAAUGGACGUUUCUAACACGGCAAACAGAAUUGUAUAUAUGUGUAUAAUGGUAGAGUUUGUGUGGGUAAAUGUAUCUGCUACGCUGUAUUGGGGCAGUAGUUGGAAUACCUUAGCUUUUCCUGGUGCCUCUGUGACUACUAUUGAACUGUCAUUGUGGGAUGUUGUGUGGGAAGUUGGACUUGAGUUGUUAUGAUGUCAGAGUGCUGAAUAAUCUAUGGGAGUGUGAAUGUUUGUAUGAGUAUUGGUAUGUAGUUGGAUGUGAACAUCUCUGGGAGUGACUUUGGUAACACUUUAUUUGGCAGAAACGUUGCUCUGAUUCCAUUUUGGCCACAUAAAAUGUCACCAUCUGAAAUGUUGUUGGAAAUCCUCCUGAACUUGAAUUCUGGAGUUCAGUAGAAGAAGAGUUGGUUGUCUCUUCUUCUUCUUCUUCAAUGUUGGGAACAUGCCAUUAAUUUAAUUUCUGCCAAAAGAAAUAACAUCCACCAGCUAAUUCAAACAUUCAGUGUGCAUUUGUUUUACUACCAACUAUAGGCAUCUGAACCAUUUAUUUUCCUCUUUAUUAUAAAUGAUACAUGUGAACACCAGCUUAUUCAUCUAAAACCGAUACAUUAUAUGUGUGUGGCUCCAUUAUGAUCUAGAGCCUCCAACGCCUGAUUAAAACGCUGAUUGGCUGAUAGAUGAGCGCUAACGACAUGGCUGAAUUAUGAAUAUAUCUCAUGUAACUGUUGAUGUGGUUGCUGCCAUUAUGUUUAAUGACU